AUGGGUUUGCCAAGGCGAGGUUGCGGCUUCGUGUGGGCAAAUAAAGUAGAGUAUGAUCCAGUAGUCCUGGGUCUUGUUACGACUUCGCGGAUGCGUUUUGAGGGAGUCUCGUUUGAACUGUCCGCCUUCGGAACCGGACAAUUUCGACAUCGCUUUUUGCGCGGAUGCGACGGCUUGGGGCUCGAGUCCGGCUGGACGAGACAGACGGUUGGUUCAUCAGAGACCAAGUUGCGCAGUCCGAAGCCUCGAAUGACGGUGCUGGUGCCCAGUCUUGCUCUCUCCUCUCUUGACUCUGCCUCCUUAGCCUUCUCUCUUCACCGACCACAUUCUUGGGCUGGCCUCGACGACAGUCGUUGA